ACAAACAUACAUCUGUUAUAAAUCCUUUUUCCCUGUGUUGUUCCCGGCAGGUAAACUAUGACCACUCUACUACUAGUGUUUGUGUGUUUGCAAGCCAUCACCACAGCUGCCUCCGCAGAGCUCUCAGACAGUAGCGAUGGCCUGGAAGUGAAGAUACCUGAGCAGUCUCCCCUGCGUGUUGUCCUGGGAAGCUCCCUGAACAUCCCCUGCUAUUUCAACAUCCCAGAGGAAGAGGACACCAGUGCUCUGCUAACCCCACGGAUCAAAUGGAGCAAGCUUUCCAAUGGAACAGAGGUCGUCUUACUAGUGGCCACCGGUGGGAAGAUCCGGCUCAAUGCAGAGUACAGAGAGGUGAUCUCCUUGCCCAAUUACCCUGCCAUCCCUACUGAUGCCACCUUGGAAAUCAAGGCGCUGAGAUCCAACCACACUGGGAUUUAUCGCUGUGAAGUGAUGUAUGGGAUUGAGGACAGACAAGACACAAUAGAAGUCCUGGUGAAAGGUGUCGUGUUCCACUACAGAGCAAUAUCCACAAGGUACACCUUGAACUUCGAGAAGGCAAAGCAGGCCUGUAUCCAGAACAGUGCUGUCAUUGCCACCCCUGAGCAGCUGCAGGCUGCCUAUGAGGAUGGGUACGAGCAGUGCGAUGCCGGCUGGCUGGCUGACCAGACUGUCAGGUACCCCAUCCAUCUGCCCCGGGAGCGCUGCUACGGUGACAAGGAUGAGUUUCCAGGAGUGAGGACCUACGGUGUCCGUGAGACAGAUGAAACCUAUGAUGUUUACUGCUAUGCAGAGCAAAUGCAAGGCAAAGUCUUCUACGCCACCUCCCCCGAGAAGUUCACCUUCCAGGAAGCUUUUGACAAAUGCCACAGCUUGGGAGCCCGCCUGGCCACCACGGGCGAGCUGUACUUGGCCUGGAAGGAUGGCAUGGACAUGUGCAGUGCAGGCUGGCUGGCUGACCGCAGCGUUCGCUACCCCAUUUCCAGAGCACGGCCCAAUUGUGGAGGGAACCUGGUGGGUGUGCGGACCGUUUACCUGAACCCUGCCAACCAGACAGGGUACCCUCACCCCAGCUCCCGCUACGAUGCCAUCUGCUACAGUGGUGAUGACUUCGAGGCUCUGAUCCCAGGACAGUUCACCGAUGAGGUUGGGACCGAGCUGGGCAGUGCUUUCACCAUACAGACCGUCACACAGACUGAGGUGGAGCUGCCCCUGCCACGCAAUGCCACAGAGGAGGAGGCCCGUGGCAGCAUCGCCACCCUGGAGCCCAUGGAGAUCACAGCCACCGCCACUGAGCUGUACGAAGCCUUCACCGUCCUGCCCGACCUCUUCACCACCAGUGUCACAGUAGAGACAGCUUCCGCAGGGGAAGAGAAUGUGACCAGAGAGGAGGUCACAGGGGUAUGGGCUGUGCCUGAAGAGGUCACUACGUCAGUCUCAGACACUGCUUUCACCACCGGAAUGGCAGAGGUGAGCUCGGUGGAAGUGGCCAUAGGAGUGACUGCCACGCCAGAACUGGAGUCUGCCUCACCAUUCACUGUAGAAGAUCAUCUUGUGCAAGUGACAGCAGCCCCUGAUGUUGCCCUCCUCCCCAGGCAGCCCAUUUCCCCCACUGGUGUGGUGUUUCACUACCGUGCUGCCACCAGCAGAUAUGCCCUCUCCUUCGUCCAAGCCCAACAGGCCUGCCUGGAGAAUAAUGCCGUUAUUGCCACUCCUGAGCAGCUCCAGGCUGCCUACGAGGCUGGCUUUGAUCAGUGUGAUGCUGGCUGGCUGCGGGAUCAGACAGUCAGGUAUCCCAUUGUGAAUCCCCGCAGCAACUGUGUAGGAGACAAAGAGAGCUCCCCAGGUGUGCGGUCAUAUGGCAUGCGCCCAGCCUCAGAGACCUACGAUGUGUACUGUUACAUCGACAGGCUGAGGGGUGAGGUGUUUUUUGCGACCCAGCCAGAGCAGUUCACCUUCCAAGAAGCCCAGCUGUACUGUGCAAGCCAAAAUGCCACACUGGCCUCUGCUGGGCAACUCCACGCUGCCUGGAAGCAGGGCCUGGAUAGGUGUUACCCUGGGUGGCUGGCUGACGGCAGCCUGCGGUACCCCAUCGUGAGCCCCCGUCCUGGCUGUGGGGGAGAUGCACCUGGUGUGAGGACCAUCUACCAGCAUUACAACCAGACAGGCUUUCCUGACCCUCUGUCACGGCAUCACGCUUUCUGCUUCAGAGCUCUGCCAUCCGUGGAGGAGGAGGGGGUGACCUCACACUUUGAAGAAGAGGUGAUGGUAACCCAAGUGAUCCCUGGAGUGGAGGGAAUACCUUCUGGGGAGGAAACAACUGUGGAGACAGAGCUAUCCGCUGAGCCUGAGAAUCAGACGGCCUGGGGAACAGAAGUCUUCCCAACCGACGUAUCACUGCUCUCAGCGAGCCCAUCUACUUUUCCUCCAGCUACUGCAAUACCAGAGGAAACAAGUACCAGUGCUUCCAUCCCCGAAGUGUCCAUAGAGUUCCCUGAGUCUGGGGAGCACCCAGCCAGCGGCGAACCUUCAGCAUCUGGAGCCCCAGACACGAGUGGAGAACCAAUUUCUGGAGGUUUUGAACUGAGUGGAGAGCACUCCGGGAUUGGAGAAAGUGGAUUACCAUCUGUAGACCUGCAGAGCAGUGGCUUUGUACCUGGAGAAAGUGGCCUUCCUUCAGAGCACGUGAGCGGGUUGCCUUCUGGCACUGUUGAUACCAGCGGCUUACCUUCUGCAGAGGAAGAGGUAUCGGUGUCUGUUUCGAGGAUACCAGAAAUUAGCGGGAUGCCAUCUGGAGCUGAAAGCAGUGGUCUGCAUUCUGGAUUUAGUGGAGAAAUUUCUGGCACUGAGCUCAUCAGCGGCCUGCCAUCUGGAGAGGAAAGUGGACUCGCUUCUGGUUUUCCCACCGUCUCCCUCGUGGAUUCCACUUUGGUGGAAGUUGUAACAGCAGCACCGGGACGGCAAGAGGAGGGAAAAGGAUCAAUUGGAGUCAGUGGUGAAGGAGAGCUGUCGGGGUUUCCAUCUGUAGAGUGGGACAGCAGUGGGGCCAGAGGGCUGCCCUCAGGUGCUGAAGCCAGCGGGGAGCAUUCUGGGGUGCCUGAAAUCAGUGGGGAGCAUUCUGGGCUACCUGGGCUCAGUGGAGAGCCUUUUGAGGUGCCCGAGCUCAGUGGGGAGCAUUCUGGGCUGCCUGAGCUCAGUGGGGAACAUUCUGGGCUGCCUGAGCUCAGUGGGGAGCCUUUUGGGGUGCCUGAGCUCAGUGGGUUUCCCUCAGGACUGGACAUCAGUGGGGAGCCAUCUGGAAUACCUGAGGUGAGCGGCCUGGUGGACAUGAGUGGCCUUACCUCUGGUGUUGAUGGAAGUGGUGAGAUCUCAGGCGUUACCUUUAUAAGCACCAGCCUGCAAGAAGUGACAACCCCAUCAACUGCAGAAGCAGAAGCAAAAGAGAUUUUGGAGAUCAGUGGACUGCCUUCAGGAGAGACAUCAGGCAUGGUGUCUGGGAGCUUAGAGGUCAGCGGUCAGCCUUCGGGACACAUAGACUUCGGAGGGAGCGCUUCUGGAGUGCUUGAGAUGAGUGGAUUUCCAAGCGGAGCAGUUGAGAGCAGUGGAGAAACCUCUGGGGUUGAAGUCACCAGUGGCCUCACAUCUGGAGAGGAAAGUGGGCUCACCUCAGGCUUUCCCACCGUGUCUCUCGUGGAUACCACGUUGGUAGAAGUUGUAACACAGACAUCAGUUGCGCAAGAGGUGGGAGAAGGACCUUCUGGGAUGAUAGAAAUCAGUGGAUUUCUUUCUGGAGACAGAGGACUAUCUGGAGAAGGGUCUGGAGCUGAGCAGUCUAGUGGGCUUCCUUCAGGAACAGGAGACUUCAGCGGAGAGCCAUCCGGGAUCCCAUAUUUCAGUGGAGACAUUUCUGGAGCCACAGAUCUAAGCGGACAACCUUCAGCAGUGACUGAUAUUAGUGGGGAGGACUCGGGACUUCCAGAAGUCACUUUAGUCACAUCCGAUUUAGUAGAAGUUGUGACAAGGCCAACGGUUUCACAGGAGCUGGGUGGGGAAACAGCUGUCACAUUUCCCUAUAUCUUUGGGCCAAGUGGUGAGGGCUCUGCGUCUGGAGACCUGAGUGGGGGAACAUCUGCAGAAGGUGGCAUAGAAACAUCAACAGCUUAUGAAAUCAGUGGUGAGACAUCUGCCUUCCCUGAAACGAGUGUAGAAACAUCCACAGGUCAAGAAAUCAGUGGGGAAGCAUCUGCAUACCCUGAGAUUAGUGUAGAAACAUCCACAAAUCUAGAAACCAGUGGGGAAACAUCUGCAUACCCUGAGAUUAGCACAGAGACAUCCACAGCUCAGGAAGUUAGUGGGGAAACGUCUGCCUUUCCUGAAAUUAGCACAGAAACAUCCACAAUACAGGAGACCAGUGGGGAAACAUCCGCAUUUCCUGAAAUUAGAAUAGAAACAUCCACCUUUCAAGAAAUUAGUGGGGAAACGUCUGCAUUUCCUGAAAUUAGAAUAGAAACAUCCACCAGUCAAGAGGCCAGGGGUGAAACGUCUGCAUUUCCUGAGAUUACCAUAGAAGCCUCCACAGUCCAUGAAACCAGUGGAGAAACGUCUGCCUUUCCCGAAAUUAGCAUAGAAACAUCCACAGUCCAUGAAAUUAGUGGGGAAAGUUCUGCGUUUCCUGAAAUUAGAAUAGAAACAUCCACAAGUCAAGAAGCCCGGGGUGAAACAUCUGCGUUUCCUGAGAUUACCAUAGAAGCCUCCACAAUUCAAGAGAUCAGUGGAGAUACAUCUGCAUUUCCUGAAAUUAGCAUAGAAACUUCAACUGUCCGUGAAAUCAGCGGUGAAACGUCUGCCUUUCCUGAAAUUAGAAUAGAAACAUCCACGAGUCAAGAAGCCCGGGGUGAAACAUCUGCAUUUCCUGAGAUUACCAUAGAGACAUCCACUGUCCAUGAAACCAGUGGGGAAACAUCUGCAUUUCCUGAAAUUAGCAUAGAAACUUCCACAAGACAAGAAGCCAGGGGUGAAGAAUCUGCCUAUCCUGAGGUUAGCAUAGAGGCAUCCACAACUCAAGAAGUAAGUGGGGAAAGUUCUGCCUUCCCUGAAAUUAGUGUAGAAACAUCCACAAGUCAGGAAGCCCGUGGUGAAACAUCUGUGUUUCCUGAGAUUGGCAUUGAGACAUCCACAGCCCACGAAAGCAGUGGGGAAACUCCUGGGCUGCCUGCUGUUAGCACUGACACCGCUGCCACGUCUCUGGCCGGUGGUGAGCCCUCCAGUGCUCCUGAGAAGGAAAUUCCUGACACAACAUCACACUUGAUCACAGGCGUUUCAGGGGAAACCUCUGUCCCAGACAUUGUAAUCAGUACCAGCGCUCCAGAUGUUGAACUAACACAGGGACCCAGAAACACUGAAGAGACUCAGCUUGAAAUAGAGCCCUCCACUCCCGCGGCGUCAGGACAAGAGACAGAAACAGCUGCUGUCCUCGAUAAUCUCCAUCUGCCAGCCACUGCUACUGCUGCCCUGCAUCCAGCCUCCCAAGAAGCAAUAGAUGCCCUGGGACCCACGACAGAAGACACUGAUGAGUGCCACUCAAGCCCCUGUCUGAAUGGAGCUACCUGCGUUGAUGGCAUCGACUCUUUCAAAUGCUUAUGCCUUCCCAGCUACGGAGGGGACCUGUGUGAGAUCGACCUGGCAAACUGUGAGGAAGGCUGGAUCAAGUUCCAGGGCCACUGCUACAGGCACUUUGAAGAGAGGGAGACAUGGAUGGACGCAGAGUCCAGGUGCCGAGAACAUCAAGCCCACCUGAGCAGCAUCAUUACUCCAGAGGAACAAGAAUUUGUGAACAGCCAUGCACAGGACUAUCAGUGGAUCGGCCUCAGUGACAGAGCUGUGGAGAAUGACUUCCGCUGGUCUGAUGGGCACUCACUGCAAUUUGAGAACUGGCGGCCCAACCAACCUGACAACUUCUUCUCCGCGGGUGAGGACUGCGUUGUGAUGAUCUGGCAUGAGCAAGGCGAAUGGAACGACGUCCCCUGCAACUAUCACCUGCCUUUCACAUGCAAGAAGGGAACAGUUGCCUGUGGGGACCCACCUGUAGUGGAGAACGCCCGGACCUUUGGCCGGAAGAAGGACCGCUAUGAGAUCAACUCCCUGGUGCGGUACCAGUGUGACCAUGGCUACAUCCAGCGCCACGUGCCCACCAUCCGCUGCCAGCCCAACGGGCACUGGGAGGAGCCGCGGAUAUCCUGCAUAAACCCCUCCAGCUACCAGCGCCGGCUAUACAAGAGGAGCCCCCGGAGCCGGUCGAGACCCGGUGUCAUGCACAGACCCACCCAUUAGAGCGGGGCGAGGGGUGAGCAGAGAGAGAAAAGAGAGAUUUUUAUGGAACACUUAUAUUAACAGAGGCGAUUUCUUCUUCUUGUUGUUGCUUUUUUGUCAUAUAAGGAAAAAAAAAAAAAUUAUA